CCCCUCAUCUUGCGUUCCACACGCAGAAACACUGAGAAGAGUGAGGACGAGAGUGAGAGAGAGAGCCAUGGCUGCGAGACUAUCCCUAUCGCCGGCGAUCCUGAUGGUCCUCAUCGUCUCCUUUGCGGCGGCGGAGAUCGAUUUCGAUGUGUCCAACCCGAUCCGGAUGGUCUCCGAUAGCCUCCGGGAUCUCGAAGCCUCCGUCGUCCAGAUCCUAGGCCAGUCCCGUCACGUUCUAUCCUUCGCUCGCUUCGCUCACCGGUAUGGGAGAAGGUACCAGAGCGCGGAGGAGAUGAAGCACCGAUUCUCAAUUUUCAUGGAGAAUUUGGAUUUGAUCAGAUCCACCAACAAGAAAGGCUUAUCUUACAAACUCUCUGUCAAUCAAUAUGCUGAUAUGACCUGGGAAGAGUUUGGAAGGGAGAGGCUUGGAGCUGCUCAGAACUGCUCUGCCACCUUAAAGGGCAAUCACAAGCUCACCGAUAAUACUCUUCCAGAAACGAAAGACUGGAGAGAAGAUGGCAUAGUCAGUCCAGUCAAAGACCAGGGCAAAUGUGGAUCUUGCUGGACAUUCAGCACGACUGGAGCUCUCGAGGCGGCUUACCAUCAGGCAUUCGGAAAGGGAAUUUCGCUUUCUGAGCAACAGCUUGUGGAUUGUGCUGGUGCUUUCAACAACUUUGGUUGCAAUGGUGGACUUCCUUCCCAAGCUUUUGAGUACAUCAAAUACAACGGUGGCCUUGACACAGAAGAGACUUACCCCUACACCGGGAAAGAUGGUAUCUGCAAGUACAAAGCUGAAAACGUUGGUGUGAAUGUCCUCAACUCUAUCAACAUCACCCUGGGUGCAGAAGAUGAACUGAAGCAUGCAGUAGGAUUGGUACGGCCAGUGAGUGUGGCGUUUCAGGUUGUGGAUGAUUUCAGAUUGUACAAGAAAGGAGUUUACACCAGCAAAACCUGUGGAAACACUCCAAUGGAUGUGAACCAUGCUGUUUUAGCAGUUGGGUAUGGAGUUGAAAACGGUGUCCCGUAUUGGCUGGUGAAGAACUCGUGGGGAGCUGACUGGGGAGACAACGGCUACUUCAAGAUGGAAAUGGGGAAGAACAUGUGUGGUAUUGCGACAUGCGCUUCAUACCCGAUUGUGGCGUAAGGCUUUUGGUUAGUGUUUUGGAUCCGAUUAAAUACCAAAAUCACUUGGAAAAAAAAAGACUUCAUUUGCAUAAAGAAUGUUCUUUAUGUGUUUGCAGUGUUUCUAUUUGUAAGAUAAGCCCUAUUCUGGUUUAUUUCUAAUGUAAAACGAUACAACACGUUAUAAAAUAAUCACAUGGCUUUUUUAUUAUCA